AAUAAUAAUAUAAUUCAAAAUAUCAAUGAAUAUAUAUUAUAAAUAAUACUAAAACAACACUGGCGUUGCAUCCGAAUGCAGUGUUUGUAUAACAUCCGUUCUACUUAUAUAACUUCAUCUGGUCGGUUUUUAUAGGUAGCGCAAAUUUUUUAUUUAAUUUCAAUUUAUCAUUCAUUUUGACUGAGAAUGUGUUUUAAUUACAUAUUGACUUUAAUUUGUUCUUUAAUUUCACUUGUUCUAGUUCAUUAGACAUGCUGUUAUAGUGCAUUGGAAGUUUUUUAAAACCAUUUUGCUGGAAAGACUUGGAAUCUGGGAUAGCAUGGGAAUAGCCUCUGGUAAUGAAAAACUGCUGAUGAGGUCAAACCAUGUAGUUUUACCAGUUUCAAACUGUAAACUGUAGAAGGUUCCAAAAACAGGAGGAGACAAUCAUCACUUUUUAAUCUCAUUUCAUUAUUGACUUGAAGCCUCUCAGAAAUACAUGCACCACUCUCACCAUAGCUUUUUUCCGCACACACACACACACACACACACACACACACAUUUUCUUUCUCUGCUCAUUAAGCCAGCAGCAUGAGGCAGCGAACGGUGGUGAUGUACGUGGAGAUCGGUUGCUUUGUGUCCUGUCUGUGUGGCUGGGUUCUGAAUUGUUCCACUCUGGCCACUGAGUACUGGGUCAUCUCAGAAAGUGCAUCUGUGGUUCUCAGCGCCGGUGAUUACUAUUCCAACCUCUGGAUGGACUGUGUCGCAGACACCACAGGAGUAUCUGACUGUAAAUACUACCCCUCCAUGAUGGACCUGCCUGUUUUCCUCCAUGUAUGCAGGGCCCUGGCUGUCGUCUCUGUGAUCUUUGGCUUCUGGGGGGCUGUUCUUGCCCUCAUUGGGAUGAAAUGUACCAAAAUUGGAGGCUCUGAACUCGCCAACGCCAGAGUUACAUUUACAGCAGCGUUGACGUACAUGGCAUCUGGAUUUUGUGGUAUGAUAGUUUACUCCUGGUGGGGAGAUAAGACACGCUCAGAAUUUGUGGAUCCAUAUUUCUUAGAAUUAAAGUUUGAGCUCGGUGCAGCUCUGUUCAUUGGUUGGGGAGGUUCAUGUCUGCUUAUUUGUGGAAGUGCAGUCAUGUGUUAUUUCUCUGGGAGAGAGUCAUUCCCUAAAAGGUUUAAUAAACAACCCAGAAAACCCCCAACCUACAUGACAGCGCGUACCAGACGGACGUACAUGCUGCCGGGCUCGUCCAGACCCACAACAGUCAUCAUCCCUCCUUCACACCAAUCAUACAGCGAGAGUAGAGGAACCAGAGCAAGUGGAGGGAGGAGAGGAACACAAGCAAGCCAGUCUUCAAGGUCUGUCAGACCCAGCCUGCUCCCCAUAGACUCAGCUGUGUAAUCCAAUGUUUAAAGAAACGGUAUCACACCACAAUACAAUAGUGUUCCAUUUAGAUUUUUUUACAGCAUUUAUUAAUCUAGAUUCAUUUAUUACUAUACUAUUGAUCAUUGUUAAAUCGUGUUCUUUCCUAAUACAUUAACUGAAGUUAGUUUGUAUUUCCUCAGUUGUUAAAAUGUACGUAGAAAUUAACAUGCUGUAAAGGUAUUUACA